GGGGCCGGGCGAGGGAGCCCUCCUACUAUUAUGUUUGCAAGUUGCAGGCUGGCAGGGAGUUGUGGCUGGAGCUGAGUGAGAGAAGGGGGAGAGAGGGAGACACACGGCUGGGAGAGAAGGAGGAGGAACCCAGCAUCAUUACCACCUGUACUGGGAGCUCAGUGCCUGCCUGGAGGGAAGCUACAGGUGCUGCCUUGCCUGAAGCUCCAUCUUGGCUCCUGGAGGGGGCCCCCCAGCACAUUAAAGCCAAUACUGGGGUGCAGCAGCAUGAGGGCCAGUGGGAGCCUGUGAGAGCUGGAUACAAGGCAUCUCCUACACCCCUGUCAACAGGUAGUGGGCUCCUCUGUGCAGCCCCCCAGCCCUCAGCCUGGAGACCGGCGCACCGGGAUCAACCCACUCGCCCGGGGGUGGGGGUCCCCUCAAUCCAAAGGCUGCGCUCGCCAUGGGAGCUGACCAUUAAGAACCAGAGUGACUCCUGAACACCCGGAGAAGCAGAUUUGAUUGGGGGAGAAGGUCACGAUGCAGAAUUCGUAAUUCCCAGGAAAGACAUCUCACGGGGCCCCGGGGUCCGUCGCAGCUCCUGGGGGGGGGGGGUUAACAAGACGGCAGACAUUUUUUUUUAUACUGGAACAAUGAAUUGUGGGUGCUGGCUGUGGACAGACUGAUAUUACUUGCCCUUUUUUCGUAUUUGGAGUAUAUUCGGACUGUUCGGACGGAGUUGGGGGUUACUGUUGGGGUCUCCGAAUGCUGCAGAAAAGGCUUGGUGUAAUUCCUGUCGCUGGCAGAUCUGUGCUAUGCAUUGGUGCCUCUGUAUUAAUGUCCUUAUCCUCUUCUCCUGCUGUAUUAACGGCGCUAUCCGAUCAGACUCCCAGACUGUGGUUGGACGCGUAGGAGAGAGCACGGUGUUGGGGUGCAGCCUCCUCCACCAGGACGCGGGGCGCCCUCCUCUCUAUGUCAUCGAGUGGGUGCGCUUUGGAUUUAUGCUCCCUAUCUUUAUCAAGUUUGGACUCUACUCUCCCCGCGUGGAUCCCCAGUAUCUAGGCCGCACUCGCAUCGAAGAAGGCGCCUCUCUCCAUAUCGACUCCCUGCGCUCCGAGGACCAGGGCUGGUACGAGUGCCGGGUCCUCUUCUUGGAUCGGCACCACGGAGAAGAGGAUUUUCAGAACGGGACGUGGGUCCAUCUCACUGUGAACUCCCCACCUUCUUUCCGUGAAACUCCGCCCACAUACGUGGAAGUGCGCGUGGGAGACACACUGACGCUCACCUGCGUGGCUUAUGGCAACCCUCAGCCGGUGGUCACUUGGAAACGAGACGGCGUCACCCUAGAGAGCGGAGAUAAGGUCCAGGCGAGUAAUGGCUCUCUGAGUAUUGUUGGGGUGGAACGUGGCAAUGCUGGGGUGUACACCUGCCACGCCUUCAGCGACGAAGGGGAGGUAACGCACACUAGCCGCGUGCUAGUCCAAGGCCCCCCUAUCAUUGUGGUCCCCCCAGAGAAUACCACCGUGAAUGUUUCCCAGGAUGCCUUUCUAACCUGCCAGGCUGAGGCCUACCCUGCCAACCUCACUUACACCUGGUUCCAGGGCAGCAACAACGUCUUUCUACUCAACCGGCUCCAGCCGAGAGUCCGCAUCCUGGUAGACGGAAGUUUCCUGAUCCAGCGAGUCACCCCAGAGGACGCUGGGAAAUACACCUGCAUCCCCAGUAACGGCAUGUGGAAAUCUCCCUCUGCUUCUGCCUACCUGACGGUGCUGCAUCCAGCCUAUGUAACUAGCAUGCCUGCAGAGACCUACCUUCCCAUUGGGAUGCGCGGCGUGAUCAAGUGCCCCGUCAGAGCCAACCCACCCUUACUGCUUGUCAACUGGACCAAGGAUGGACAUGCCUUAGAGCUGGACAAGUACCCAGGCUGGUAUGUGGAUGAGGACGGCUCCCUGGUUAUAGCCACAGGGAAUGACGACGCCCUUGGGAUCUACACGUGCACCCCGUAUAACAGCUACGGCACAGGCGGCGUGUCUCUGCCCACCGAGGUUAUCCUAAAGGAGCCACCGUCGUUCAUCGACGUCCCCAGUGAGGAGUAUUUCCAAGACGUGGGCAGAGAACUGGUGAUUCCCUGCUCAGCGGUGGGAGACCCCCCUCCUCUCAUCCGGUGGUCAAAGCUGGGACUGCCUGGGAAGAGCGCGGCUCAGAUGGAUGCAAACAGCAGCCUGGUCUUCAGACCCCUCACCAAGGAGGAACAUGGCAUCUGGGAGUGUUCAGCAACCAAUCACGUGGCCACCAUUAGUGCACGGACUGCCAUCUACGUGCUGGGUACGAGCCCACACGCUGUAACCAACAUUAGUGCCCUGUCCCUCGUCUCUUCCGUCAAUGUGUCCUGGGAGCCUGGAUUCGACGGGGGUUAUUUCCAGCGGUUCAGCGUCUGGUACGCCCCACUGGUGAAGCGACUGACUCGUGGGCACCACGACUGGAUAUCCCUAUCGGCUGCGGUGGGCGCCACUCACUUGCUGGUGGGGAAUCUUCAGGCAGACACGGCGUACCAGUUUAGCAUCCUUUCCCAGAACAAGCUGGGCACCGGGCCCUUCAGUGAGAUAGUGACCGCCACGCCGCUCAAUUUCCCAGUUACCACCGUGCCACCCCCCGUGCCCACAUCUGAGCCUAGCGACAGCCUUUCCCCGCCUCGCUACCUUUCUGCCAAUGAGACGUCAGAAGGGGUGUUUCUGCAGUGGUUGCCCCCGCUGCGCUCUUCCCUGCCACUGCGCGGCUAUGGCCUGGAAUUCCGCCGAGAUGAAGGAGCCUGGGAACUGCUGGACGAAUCCAUCCCCGAGUCUCAAACGGAGCUCGUGGUGCGAAAGCUGGUCAAGGAUACAAUGUACGAGUUCCGGCUUGUGGCAUUUGCGGGUGAUUAUAUCAGCGAGCCCAGUAACAGUGUCAAUGUCUCCACAGAAGGGAUGAAAGUCUACCCAUCGAAAACUCUAAACCCCGAGGUGCAGCGGAAACCCUUGCUGGCCGGCGUGGUGGGAGGGGCCUGCUUUCUCAGCUUGGCCAUUAUUCUCAGCACCGUGGUUGCCUGCAUGAUGAACAGACGCCGGGCCAGGCGCCGCCUCAAGCGCAGGCAGCAAGAUACACCAAUGGUCUUCUCCCAACCCAAGAAAGCUUCUCCUUCACAAAAUUCUAAUGGCUCUAACAGCCCCGACAGUCUUAUGAGGGUCAAGCUACACGCGUCCCCCUAUAAUAGCCUGCGCCGGUCUCUACAGGUGGCCGACAGACCGGGGAACAGCGUGGGCAUAACCGCCGGCGGAAAGUACACCAUAUACGAGUCUCAUAUCGGAGAUGCCCUGCCCUUGGAAAGGAUCAGCCGAGGGCCAGACGGUCGCUUUGUGGUGGAGACCGAGAUGUCGUCUGGGAACCUCAGAGGCUUCCCGUAUGUAACCGAAACCGACCUGUACCCAGAAUUCAAUGCUAGGGAUUCGUCAGACCUGAGUCAGUGCUCACAGGUCAAGACAUACCUGCAAGCUUGCCAGCUGCCUGAGGGGGGCGCAGUGUCAUGGAGGGAUGACGUCAAGAUGAGACCCCAAGCUACAGGCCAGGCCAGAAAGGAGGCCAGAGAUUCUGGGUACCGCCGAGGAAGGUACUUUGGCUGCAGCAGUAGCCCCCUGGAAGAAGCCAUACCUUUCCGCAUUUCAAACAUCAGCCCCGUGACGUCCUCUGUGCCCCUUCCCUACGCUAACAUCGAGGAGGCCCGAUGCAGAGAUUCUGCCCAGGCCGAAGGGGACCUAGAAAGGACCAUUUAUACCCUCAAAGGUUCCGAACAUGACGGUUACUCAGCGCUGAGCGGCGUAGGGAGAGAACCGUCCUCGUUGUUACAGAAGCCACUAGGGGGCAACGAGGCAGAGAGUCGCCUGAGGCACAGCCUGUCCACUCAGAGCGGCAUUCUGCAAUACCUCAGCCUCCCUUUCUUCAAGGAGAUGAGCGUGGACGGAGAGUGGCCCGCUGAGGAGGACAAACACCAGACUAAGAGCUCCGAGCACAAUUCCCUGGGGGCCGCCGAGCAGGACCCCCCGAGUGCAGUAGCUCUAGAGGAUAGGACGUUAAUGGACGUGGAAGGAAGGAGUGGGGUUCGGAAUCUAGAGACCCCGUGCGUUCCCCACACAUUGUUGCCUCUUGAUUACGUUACUAGUAAGCAAGAGCUAUCCGUGCCUGGAAAGUCCUUCUUGAAACCCCCGGAGCCCAACUUGGGGCCCGCUAAAGCUGUUCUGCCAGGAAGCUUCAUGUGGGCUCACCCCCCCGAGAACUCCGAGCGUUUAAAGGUAGGCCAGAGAGCGCCCUGGGGGGCCGGAGAAGUUCCCUUGGACAGCAGAGCCGAGGGCCACUUGCCUUCUGACUGUGAGUGCCCGCUGAAGGACCAGCCCCUCUCAGUGUUCACCGACUUCCAGGCCCUGGAUAAGCAACGGGCGCCGUUGGACAAAUCUCUCUUUCUGCACGGCUCCGAGAAAGUGAUGAGGAGUAGCCUCACCAGUCAGAGCAGUGGCAGGGGGAGCGUGUCCUUCCUCAGGCCCCCCUCACUGGCACAAUCUGUGGGGGGCAGCUACCUCAACUCACCGCUAGGUGAAACAUCCAGCUGGCACAGUGGCGGCGGAUCCCAGGGAUCGAGUGCCGACGACUACAGGCACAGAAAGGAUUCCCUAUUGGCCACUAUAAGCAACAGGCGGAACACGUCAGUGGACGAGAAUUACGAGUGGGACUCGGAGUUUACUUUGGAAGCAGAUUUGCUGGACGCCCUACAGGUUUACCGCAGCACUAACGGAGGCCGGCCCAUCUCCACUGUCGAAGAGGGAGAGGUGAAAAGGCAAAGUGUGAAGAUCCCUUCGGAGGGUCCCGGUUCCCCGGCUGGCUCGGGGUCCAUGGAUGCCCUCGAUGGGCGCUACCCUCAGCCUCUGUCCAGCCCAGAAGAGCGCUGCGCGGCCCUUAAGGAGGAGUUUUUGGAAUACCAGAGGCGGACGCGUGCGGCGCAGAAGGUGCACACAAAGAGUAAGGACUUCGAGGAGUGCUAUGAGCAAGCCACGCUGCUAUGACCCCCUCGCCUCCCCCCAUAUAUAUCGUGGGGGGGACUUCAGCGUGGUAGAUCUUACCAGACCGGAAGGGACACUGUUACUGUGGCAUUAUUGAGUGGGCAUCUGCCCCCACUUUUCCUGUGUUAGGCAUCAGGUUUACCAAUACCUGCCAAUGUUACAUCAGGGUUAUCACAUCAGCCAAUCAAAACGUUUUGUUAUAUCUCUGCGUGCCGACAACCUGGACGCCAGCUGUCUUACGUGCACAAUACGACUGUUCCCCCUCUCUCACUGAGAACGAUUAUGUUGCAGUUUAUAUUUUGCUUAUAAUACCCCCCCCCCAUAUACAGAGAGUAGCGCAGACCCAACCCCCGCCUAAACACGGAGACAGGCCACGGUCAGUACAGUACAAGAGAUCACGUGGUAUUUCAACAGGGCUCUAGGAGGAUCCAUGGAUAAAAAAAAAAAAAAAAAAAGUCCCGUACAUUUAUCCAAAAAAUUAUUUUUUUACAGCCAAAUCCAGAUCUAUAGAAAUCUCUGUAUCAUGAGAAUAACGUAGUCGGCAGUGCCACUUUACCCAGUGAGCUAUGGUUAAGUGCCAAAAAUUAUGAAUGCAGCCAGCCUUUGUGGCUACUGACCAAUCAGAAGCCAAAGAAUGUCCCUGCGACGGAUUCUGAUUGGACGCUGGAUACUGUGAUAUGAUAAGGCUGACAAAUGCAUGCCAAUGAGGAUAAGGUAGCCACACAUGCAUUGGCAUCGGGGCCACCGGCUGGGAAAGUGGCCCUGUGCCAAUGGCACGCUUGGUAUUUAUCGCUUCCCUUUAGUCCUUCCACAUGUAGCGGUGCCUGGUAUCAUGGCCGCCGCUCCUGACCCAACGCCGCUCUGUAUAUUUUUCAUUGCUUAUGGAAUGUGACUCCCGACCAUUUUUUACACGAAAGAGUAAAGCACACAUUCCAACUGGUUAGGUUCACUGGGAGACCAAACGGCAGCUGAAUUACAUCCCAUCACCCCCCUCCACGAAAUGUUCAGUAGGACUGUAAUGGCUUCCUAGCCGCCAUGGUACUAACUGUAACCCCCUUCCCUGACAGGAGGCUUCAGGCACAGACAGCAACUUGUCAAAAAACAGCACAAGCAAUUCCAAGGACAUCUGCAAAAGUCUGGAAAUAUUUGGCAAGUUGGCAACAGUAGGCAGGGGAGAAUGGUAGAGGGUUUGUUAGACUUCCUAUUGGAGAACUUACCAUUUUGCCUGAAUAUAUAUAUAGCAGUUGGCCUCUUUUUGGGGUGGCUAAGCCUUCCUAAAUCUUUAUUCUCUGCCUAUGAGUGUAUGGCAAUAUGGCAGUGGCAGGACAGGAUGAUAGACAUCAUCAAUAGGACAGGAUGGUGACGGUAGGACAGAAUGGUGAGGGUGGGAGAGGAUGGUGAGGGUAGAGGACAGGAUGGUGAGGGUAGCAGAGGAUGGUGAGGGUAGGAGAGGAUGGUGAGGGUAGCAGAGGAUGGUGAGGGUAGGACAGAAUGGUGAGGGUAGGAGAAAAUGGUGACGGUAGGACAGUAAGGCAUGGCAGGACAAGAUGGAUAAUCCUGCACCAUCAGUAUGUGGUUCUCUUGGGGAUUUCUGUGCUACAUUUACAUCUGUGUUGGGCAGAAGGGUAAAUGUAUGGAUGAAUGGCAAGGCAGGAACAACUCAAAGCUAAGACUGAGAAGGGCUUGGUGGGUGUAGGACAAAGACAGAGAAGAGCUUAGUGGUUCUAGCCUGACAAGUAGGACUUAAUGGAAGAGGCAUCAAGACAGGGAAGAACUGAGUGGACUUGAGAUGAAGAACGGCUAGGGCUUAAUCAAGGUCCAGAUGGGGUAGGACUGUAGCUGGCCAUACAAACCUAGAACCACAUAUCAACACAACAGUGUAGUCCACAUGAAGGGAUUUCCAAACCUGCCAAGUAGCAUCAGUUGGACAAGCCAACCAGUGGUCCGAUAACUUGCCAACUUGGCCUGGAGGGGGCAAAACGGCAGCUUUUAUCUCUCCAUGUCUGACCAGCUUUGGUGGAGCUUUUAUCUCUCCAUGUCUGACCAGCUUUCGUGGAGUGUUUAUUUCUCCAUGUCUGACCAACUUUGGUGGAGCUUUUAUCUCUCCAUGUCUGACCAGCUUUGGUGGAGCUUUUAUCUCUCCAUGUACUGACCAGCUCUGGUGGAGCUUUUAUCACUCCAUGUCUGACCAGCUAUGGUGGGGCUUUUAUCUCUCCAUGUCUGACCAGCUAUGGUGGAGCUUUUAUCUCUCCAUGUCUGACCAGCUAUGGUGGACUUGAGACUAAGAUGGAGAAAGGCUUAAUAGAAUUUGAGAUCUGGGAAGGGCCUAGCGACCAGGUCCUAAAAGCUAGACUAAAAGGGCCUUAUUGUCUGAGACAAGACUGAAAUAAGGGCAAGGAAGGAGGGAAGCAAGAAAGCGUAAAUCCAAGGGCCGUAUCCAGGGGGACGGGAAGUGAUAAUAUCACAAACCCCCAUCUUUGGAGCACCUUACAAACGCUACUUGGCAGCCUCUCGUAUAAUGCAGUUGAAACGCGGCCAAGGUACAGUUCUGUACAUUUUGUCUUAAGAUUCCCGUUUCCUUAUUUUGGCAGCUCCUCCGACCUGAUCGGGUUUCACGUGCCCCCACGCCGGUUUUAUUUCAUUUCCUAGGCGCCCUUGUACGUACAGUGGAAUUAGAGAGAAUGAGCAGAGACGAGGUGAAAAUAUGCAGUGUUGUUCUUGCGCAGGGCUGUGAGUGACAGAUGUUUCCAUGGUAACCAGUUGGCUCCACCAAGACGUCAGUUUGUCUUAUUGAUAAAGGGCCAAUAGAGUUUGCAGCUCUCAGGGAUGUCUAGUCUGUGGUUCCACAGCUAUGGGUGUAAAACCACUCUACCAUUAAGCUGGCAAUACGGAGGCUGGCCAAGUCGUCAACUUAUUGGCCUGUGUAUCGGGGCCUUUCCAGCAAGCCUAUCCGACCAAUAUUGGGCAGAUAACAAAUUCUGUUCUGCAUUGGCAUGAUGAUGUGGUCCACUUCUGAUGGGUCUCCCAUUAGGAUCCAGUUGUGUGGCCUGGAGACCAACCAAUCAGAUCAUCCCUAUUUGGCUCAGCCUGUUGGUGACCAUUUUGGGUACCAUUUAUACAUUUCUGUAGGUCAGCAUCAGCCGAUGGGUGACAGUUUGGGCAUCCCAAGCCAAAGUUAUUAUACAGAUACGUUUCACAUAUAAAAUAUCUGUUUAGUGAAUAAGCCCCUGGUAUGGUUGUUGGGCAGCUGGGAACACAAUGCCCAGGCAUCUGUAUGUGCAUGAUUCCUUGAACCCCCCACAUAUAUGAGACCACAUCUCCACCCUGUUAACUGGUUUCAUGCUUGGUCCUUAACUUAGCAGAUGUUCUGGUAUUACCACCUAAAAUGUUCUUCAGCCAGUUCUCAGGGUUAAUGUUGAGAAGCAACCGAGGAACGAGGGUGACAUAUUUGUUCUGAGAGGGUAGGAGUAGAAGACUUCCUUUAGCUUUAAUUAGAUAUCAAUAUAUUGCAGUUGGUCGCUAUUUGGGGAGGCUUAGCCAUCUUUGUUAUGGUCAACCUAUGGACACAACUACUCUCCUGCUCUAGGCCAAUAAUUGGUGGCAAUAUCAGCAGCAUACGGUUGUGACAUUACUGAAACCAAUGUCGGUGAUGGGGGGGGAGGGGGUCAGUACUCCUUGUUGUGGAGUCAAUUCAAUGACUGCAUCCCAAGCCUUAUCUCUGAGAUAUCUCUAAAUCCCAAUUCACAGCUCCGCCUAUAAUAAGGACAUUGACACGUCUCCUAAUUCAGCAUACAAAUAGGUUGAGAAGGGAGAUAAACCCAAAUUAAAUAAGUGUGUGCCGCCAUAUUGUCCAUCUUCCUAGACUUCCCAUCAUGGAUGUGGGCAGAAGCCUGACUUUUGUGCUGCCAUGUUGUCCUCCUAGACUUCCCAUCAUGAACCUGAACAGAAGUCUGACUUUUGUGUUGCCAUGUGGUCCACCUAGACCUGUUGUCCUCCUAGACUUCCCAUCAGAAUCCUGACUUUUAUUACUGUUAAACUACCAGUAGACCUUUAAUGUGCCCAUACAAAGGCCAAUCAGGUACUCUCUCUGCCCAAUUCCAGAACUGGCUGAUAGCCAUAGUUCAGAGGAUUGGCCACACCCCAUACACGCACAAAUGGUCAUACAUAUACGGUAUGUAUAUGUUGGGUGGAUGAUCCCAAACAAUGUCCUUGUUCCACAGCCAGAGGUCAGUUCACAGAUGGGAGACGUUGGGAGAUUUUAGUUGCAAAGGCACCAAGUCGGCCAUGGUGCAGCGACCAAUGAGGAAAUAAUUAAGAGAAGUUACAGCUCCUCUUCAGUCCCUGUAGUUCAGAUCGUUUGGGCGAGGAGUGAAACUAAGGGGGCCAUACCACGUGCAGCCACUCGUAUGAUAUUGGCUGAUCUUGUCGGCAGGCAGGUUGGUCAGACACAAAGCCAACAUAUUACCACCUAUUGUCCUUCUUUAACAUAUGGCCACCAUUGUCCUUCUUUAACAUAUGGCCACCAUUGUCCUUCUUUAACAUAUGGCCACCAUUGUCCUUCUUUAACGUGCGCCCACCAUUGUCCUUCUUUAACAUAUGGCCACCAUUGUCCUUCUUUAACGUGCGCCCACCAUUGUCCUUCUUUACCAUAUGGCCACCAUUGUCCUUCUUUAACAUAUGGCCACCAUUGUCCUUCUUUAACGUGCGCCCACCAUUGUCCUUCUUUAACAUAUGGCCACCAUUGUCCUUCUUUAACGUGCGCCCACCAUUGUCCUUCUUUAACAUAUGGCCACCAUUGUCCUUCUUUAACGUGCGCCCACCAUUGUCCUUCUUUAACAUAUGGCCACCAUUGUCCUUCUUUAACGUGCGCCCACCAUUGUCCUUCUUUAACAUAUGGCCACCAUUGUCCUUCUUUAACGUGCGCCCACCAUUGUCCUUCUUUAACAUAUGGCCACCAUUGUCCUUCUUUAACGUGCGCCCACCAUUGUCCUUCUUUAACAUAUGGCCACCAUUGUCCUUCUUUAAUGUAUGGCCACCAUUGUCCUUCUUUAACAUAUUACCACCAUUGUCCUUUUUAAACGUACGGCCACCAUUUUCCUUCUUUAACGUAUUACCACCAUUGUCCUUCUUUAACAUAUGGCCACCAUUGUCCUUCAUAAACGUAUGGCCACCAUUUUCCUUCUUUAACGUAUUACCACCAUUGUCCUUAUUUAGGGUGAAGGUCCAUUCUAGAACUUGGCAUUCUGUCUGCAGGAGUCACAGCUAAACAAGGAUUUUUAUUUGAUCAAAAGGCAAGUUCCCCUUUAAACGGGACAAAUCUUAUAUACAUAUACCAUGGUCAGAGCUUUCCGAGGACAUUCCUUCACCAAAAAGAGAAAAAAAAUGGCAAAAAGCCAGAUUUACACUUUCUCUGUGUUCGGCCGUCGAAAAAAAUAACGAAAAGGGCAAAUCCAAAGAAAAUAACGGGGAGCAGUUAUAGGUUUUUUACUCUCGAUCUUCCCCUCAGUUUGUUUCCUUGUGUUUUAUGUUGGGUUUUUUUUUAAAAAGAUGGGAUUUUCUGUACAAAACGUUUUGGCAAGAGAGAAAAUCUGUGUUUUUUUACCGACUUUCAGCUUUGUCUGAGACCAAUGAGAAUUUUCUGGUAUUGUAUAAAAUGCAAUGUAUGUAUAGAAGAAGAAAAAAAACAAAUAUUUUUAUAGGAUAAUUUUUUUGCUAUUUUGGGAGAUUUCAGUGGUUCUGGAAAAAAAAAAAUCAUUCAAUAAAUACGUGUUAUGGAAA